AUGACUAAGCAGCUGAUUCGUUGGUGGCACAUCCGGAGGAACGAUUCAGACUUGAGAGAGGAGGGGGAGGGUCCAGGUUACAAUGUCCCCCUCCUACAAGAGCACAGGAGUGACAGGAAAGAUGCAAAAUACUGUAAGGCUACUCCAUGUUCUCAGAAGCUAAAGAUCUGCUUGGAAAAACAAGAACACAAGUAUGAAGUACAAAAAGAUCAGACGAGUGAUGCUCCACAGAACCCCUUCUCAGAGAAAGGACAGUGGUCUGGGUUGGAGCUUCUGCGCAAGAGACGAUUCAGGGCAUUGAACACUGAAGAACGAGAAGAAUAUGGACAUGUGGGAUUAAAAGCAACGAGAUCUCACCAUAUUUUCCAUUCCCUGACCUCUCUCCGCACAACAGCGACUCGGGCCACAUCCAGGGUAGUAACAGUAGCUGCAAGACCCACAACCACCACCACCUUUCCAACCACCCAGAGGCCCUGGACCCCCCGAGAGCACCCCUCCUCAUCCACCCACAGGCCCCCUGCAAUAGCUGAGGUGACCACUGCCAGGGGACCCUCAGUCUCAGAGAGUCUCUACCCUCCACCCAGGAAGGAGCAGCAGAGGGAGAGGCCACAUGCCACUAGGAGGCCCAGCAAGGCCACCAGCUUUGAGAGCUUCACGGCUGCCCCUCCCACCACCAUCUCAGAGCCCAGCACAAAGGCUGCUGGCCCAGGCCGCUUCCGGGACAACCGCACGGACAGGCGGGAACAUGGCCACCGGGACCCAAAUGUGGUGCCAGGUCCUCACAAGCCUGCAAAGGGGAAACCUCCCAAAAAGAAGGCCCAGGACAAAAUUCUCAGCAAUGAGUACGAGGAUAAGCAUGACCUCAGCCAGCCUACUGCCUCUCGGCUGGAGGAGGAGAUGCAGGUGGGGCAUAUUCCCCCCCAAAAAGCAAAGGAGACGAAAAAGCAUGAAAAGCUUGAGAAACCUGAGAAGGAGAAGAAAAAAAAGGUGAAGAAUGAAAAACCAGACAAGUUACUUAAGAGUGAAAAGCAAAUGAAGAAGGCUGAGAAAAAGAGCAAGCAGGAGAAGGAGAAGAACAAAAAGAAAAAAGCAGGUAAAACAGAGCAGGAUGGCUAUCAGAAACCCACCACAAAACAUUUCAUUCAGAGUCCCAAGAAGUCAGUCGCUGACCUGCUGGGGUCCUUUGAAGGCAAACGAAGGCUCCUUCUGAUCACUGCUCCCAAGGCUGAGAACAACAUGUAUGUGCAACAGCGGGAUGAGUAUCUGGAAAGUUUCUGCAAGAUGGCCACCAGGAAAAUCUCCGUCAUCACUGUCUUCGGCCCUGUCAACAACAGCACCAUGAAAAUCGACCACUUCCAGCUAGAUAAUGAGAAACCCAUGCGAGUGGUGGAUGAUGAAGACUUGGUAGACCAGCAUCUCAUCAGUGAGCUGAGGAAAGAGUAUGGAAUGACCUACAAUGACUUCUUCAUGGUGCUAACGGACGUGGAUCUGAGAGUCAAGCAAUACUAUGAGGUGCCUAUAGCAAUGAAGUCUGUGUUCGAUCUGAUUGAUACGUUCCAGUCCCGGAUCAAAGAUAUGGAGAAGCAGAAGAAGGAGGGCAUUGUUUGCAAGGAGGACAAGAAGCAGUCCCUGGAGAACUUUCUCUCCAGGUUCCGAUGGAGGAGGCGACUGCUGGUGAUCUCUGCCCCUAAUGAUGAAGACUGGGCCUAUUCACAGCAGCUCUCUGCCCUCAGUGGUCAGGCCUGCAAUUUUGGUCUACGUCACAUAACAAUUCUGAAACUUUUGGGAGUUGGAGAAGAAGUUGGGGGAGUUUUAGAACUGUUCCCAAUUAAUGGGAGCUCUGUUGUUGAGCGAGAAGAUGUACCAGCCCAUUUGGUGAAAGACAUACGUAACUACUUUCAAGUGAGCCCAGAGUACUUCUCUAUGCUUCUAGUUGGAAAAGAUGGAAAUGUCAAAUCCUGGUAUCCUUCCCCAAUGUGGUCCAUGGUGAUUGUGUAUGAUUUAAUUGAUUCUAUGCAACUUCGUAGACAAGAAAUGGCCAUUCAGCAGUCACUGGGGAUGCGCUGCCCAGAAGAUGAGUAUGCAGGCUAUGGUUACCAUAGUUACCACCAAGGAUACCAGGAUGGUUACCAAGAUGACUACCGUCAUCACGAGAGUUACCACCAUGGAUACCCUUACUGAACAGAAAUAUGUAACCUUAGCCCCAGCCAGUUUCCCCCGCAGCUGCUAAAGCCACACGUGACCAGCUAUGUAAGCAGUUCUUCCACACUGCCAACAUCUCCUGCCUUUUUCUUCCAGUGUUCUUCCAAGAUUAAAUAAAUAGCAAACUUUUGCCUACUCAUGAACUGUUAUCAAAGCCUUAAAUCAUAAAUACACUUAAAAGAAUUGUUUGUUUCUCUGACUGGAGGGGAUCUGGUGCUAAAUAAUGGUACUGAAAAUGUAUAUUAUUUUCCUUUUCAUACAUAAUGGAGACUAUUUGGUACAAAAAAUUCUAUAAACAAGUAUUUAUA